CAACAGUUACCGAGUCAGCUCUUGUCCCUCUCGCGUCCCAAACUCAUUCUUUGUCCUUCUUGACCCUGAACGAAAAUAGAAAAUCCUCGCAAAUAACCAAAAAAUAAUAAAAAAGAAAAAGAGUAGAGAGUAAUAAGGACGAGAGACUUUAGAGAGGGAAAGGGGACUAGGGGAGGAGAUACGAAAGAUUUCAUUUUUAAUUUAUGAAUGCCAUUCUUCUAAGUCAUCUCGAUCUCUUUCUUCUCCAUUCAACCACUUCCUUCUCUGGAGUCUCUGUGGAGAUAGAUCCACGUUUUGGAAAACAAGACCAUGAGUUUUGUGUUCCGAGGCACUAGAGCAGAUGUAGAAACUGGUUUCCCAGGGCUUAUUCCGGAGCGUCGUACAGUGCGUGUUCAUGGAGCCCGACCAGUUAAUACCAAUUCUCUUGCAUUUCUUGUUACAGUUCUUUUGCUGUUCAUGAUUCUUAACUCCCAUCAAAUGUCACCCAACUUUCUGCUCUGGCUGGUACUUGCUGUCUUUUUGAUGGCAACAACCCUACGAAUGUAUGCAACUUGUCAGCAGCUACAAGCUCAGGCUCAAGCUCAUGCUGUGGCAGCUAGUGGCCUUCUUGGUCAUACAGAGCUGCGUUUGCAUAUGCCACCUUCCAUUGCCCUCGCAACCAGAGGGCGACUACAUGGUCUUAGACUCCAGCUUGCACUUCUAGACCGGGAAUUUGAUGACCUUGAUUACGAAACUCUAAGGGCACUAGAUGCUGACAAUGUUCCAACGGGUCCUUCAAUGACUGAGGAAGAGAUAAAUGCUCUCCCUGUUCACAAAUAUAAGGUUACUGGCCCUCAAAGUGCUGGCUCAUCAGUUCAGCAGGCGGCUUCUUCAUCCUCAGUUGAGAAGAAGCAAGACCCUCCCAAUGCAGCUGGGGGCACAAAGGCCUGCGAUGAUGAACUGACUUGCAGUGUUUGUUUGGAGCAAGUUGAUGUGGGAGAACUUGUCCGCACUUUGCCAUGCUUGCAUCAGUUCCAUGCAAACUGCAUUGAUCCAUGGCUGUGUCAGCAAGGAACAUGCCCUGUUUGCAAGUUUCGAGCUGCAUCAGGCUGGCAUCCGAAUGGCCAAGAGGAAGAAAUGGAUGCUUCAUACAUGGUGUAGUCCUUCCUCAGUAACCAUACUAAAUGUCUUAGCUUACUCAUGCUUUGAAAUUAUAAAUCCGUUUACCAUUAUUGUAAUGAUUUUGGCAUAGCAUGAGAAUAAAUUGCUUUAAAUUACCUUUGAUAACAUCCAAAAUCCGAACACAAUUUCUCAA